AUGUCUGGUGAUGAUUCAACUAUUUACGCACAACAAAGGAAGAAAUUGCAACUAAAAAGAUUUCUAAAAGAUAUCUUCAAUCCCAUUCACCCUCGUAUAUUAACAUUUGACCUUGACACGAUCAAUAACGAGAGUGAAUUUUUGCGGCUGAUUGUCUCUUCUAUAGCACAAAAAUCUCUGAACAAAAUCACCAUUUCCGAAAAAGUUUUAUGGGCCAUAAUGAUGAACAAUACCUUAAAUUAUACAUUUUAUUGUCAAUGGCAAUAUCUGAGCAAUAAAAUCUGA